AUUACCAGAAUCAUCAUCAUUAUCAUUGUUUUCAAAAUCAGAACCAGGAGGUUCUAACAACACAAUAGACCAAUCGGAUUCAUAACCGGACAAAAAAAGUGGGGCACACUCUUGGUCACAAUUGAGGCCACCAGAGCAACAAGAAGCAGACCAACUGACGACGACGACGACGCCAGUUCUGACUCGACUGUCUCUCCCUCGUUCCGUUCCUGCUGUGCUGUGCUGUGCUUUGCUUUCAUGUGACUGUGCUUUUUCACUUUCUUCUCUUUUCUCACUCACUCACUCACUCACUCACUCUUUAGAUCCAAUCCAAUCUCUCUUCAUUUCAACCCUAAAUUCCUCUUCCUUUCAUUUUCAUUCAAUUCUCACAUCUCGUUAAUCCAAAUUACCGAAACUUCCACUUCUUUUGUUCCAUUCUUCACCAAACUCUCACUACAACACAACCUUAUCUAUUAAUGCAUAAACCGUUUCUCGCAAUUCAUUACUAACUAACUAACUAACUAACUCAGAUUCAAUUUCACUUUCACUUUCAGAUGGAAGAUAUUUCCAAAUACGCACACAGUCCUGCACACGUGGCAGUUUUCAAUCGCGAUCACGCUUCACUCCGCCGUCUCGUUUCCACCAUCCCCAAUCUUCUCCGCACCGGCGACGUCACAACAGAACCCGAAUCACUCGCCGCCGAGAUUCUCGCUGAUAAAGUAUCCGCCGUAAUAGAUCGCCGCGAUGUUCCAGGUAGAGAAACUCCUCUCCAUCUAGCUGUACGUCUUAGGGAUCCAAUCUCCGCCGAGAUUUUGAUGUCUUCCGGCGCCGAUUGGAGUUUGCAGAACGAACAAGGCUGGAGUGCUUUACAAGAAGCUGUUUGCAAUAGAGAGGAAGCGAUUGCGGUUGUUAUUGCUCGUCAUUAUCAGCCUCUAGCGUGGGCGAAAUGGUGCCGUAGAUUGCCGAGGAUUAUUGCUUCGGCGUCUCGAAUUCGUGAUUUUUAUAUGGAGAUUUCUUUUCAUUUUGAGAGUUCUGUUAUUCCUUUUAUAGGUAGAAUUGCUCCUUCUGAUACUUACCGUAUUUGGAAACGUGGUUCUAAUCUUCGUGCUGAUAUGACAUUAGCUGGUUUUGAUGGAUUUCGAAUUCAGCGUUCGGAUCAGAGUUUUUUGUUUCUCGGUGAUGGUUAUACUUCGGAGGAUGGUAAUGUGAAUCUUCCGCGUGGUUCUUUGAUUUCGCUUGCUCAUAAGGAGAAGGAAGUUACCAAUGCUUUGGAAGGUGCUGGUGCACAGCCUACAGAAGCUGAAGUUGCUCAUGAAGUUUCUAUGAUGUUUCAGACGAAUAUGUAUCGGCCGGGGAUUGAUGUUACGCAAGCUGAGCUUGUUCCGAAUUUGAAUUGGAGGCGACAGGAGAAGACUGAGGUUGUUGGGAAUUGGAAGGCUAGGGUUUAUGAUAUGCUCAAUGUUAUGGUGAGUGUGAAAUCGAGGCGGGUUCCUGGUGCUUUGAAUGAUGAAGAGGUUUUUUCGAAUGGAGAGGGAUAUGAUGAUGUGUUGACUGCCGAGGAAAAGAUGCAAUUGGAUUCAGCAUUAAGGAUGGGGAACUCUGAUGGUGUGGGGAACUCUGAUGGUGUUUGUCAGGAUGAGGAACAAGGAGGAGGAUUUGAUGGUCAUGAAAAUGUACAUGAGAAUUGUGAACCCAAUGGUGCGGCUAAAGAGAAGAAGGGUUGGUUUGGUUGGAACAAGAAAAACUUGAAGAGUGGUGGUGAUGAACAUGAGGAUUCAAAGUCUUCGAAGAAAUUCUCGAUGUUGGGUUCAGAAGGUAGCAACGAGAGAUCGAGUGAUCAGCAAAAGCUACAGCCUGAGUUUCUGAAGGAGGGUCAUGUAGAAAAGAACUCGAAGAAAGGAAAGGAUCAAAACUUGAAAAAGAAAAAGAAGAAAGGAGCGAGUAACGAGUCUAAGAGUGAGAGUGAGUUCAAACGAGGUGUGAGACCUGUCUUGUGGUUGACACAAGACUUCCCUUUGAAAACAGAUGAGCUUCUGCCCUUACUUGACAUCUUAGCAAACAAGGUGAAGGCUAUUAGGAGACUCAGAGAACUUUUGACAACUAAACUUCCUCAAGGAACCUUUCCUGUCAAGGUAGCUAUUCCUAUCGUCCCUACUGUAAGGGUUAUUGUCACUUUUACAAAAUUUGAGGAGCUUCAGACACCAGAGGAGUUUUCAACUCCACCCUCUAGCCCAGUCUACUUCCAGGAUGCUAAAUCCAAGGAAUCAGAAGGGUCGACAUCCUGGGUUUCGUGGAUGAAAGGAAGUCGUGGUACGCUAUCUAGUGACUCUGAUAGUCGUAGUCACAGUCACAGAUAUAAGGAUGAAGUAGACCCUUUCAUUAUUCCUUCAGACUACAAAUGGGUGGAUGCAAAUGAGAGGAAACGCCGUAUGAAGGCAAAAAGAGCCAAACUUAAGAAAAAUAAGAAGCAAACUGUGGCUAAAGGAAGCGAUGGAGUGCAUCAGGGAAGUUCUGAUUUGGGAGAAUUAUGCCAAUAGUGAUGUGGUCUUUAUCGGCUACUUUGAUAUAACCGUCGCCAAAGCGAGUUUAAAGACAGUAUUUUUAAACAGCUGACUAUACUUUCCACAUUGGAUGAUCUCUCCAAGAAUUUACUGGGAACUUUACGCCUUGAUGAUUUUUGCCUAUUCGCUAUAUCGGAUCAUGAAAAGAGCUUUCAUCAUUUGAAAAUUGUUGUAUUUUAAUGUGAAGUGAAAAUGAAGAGAGUAUCACCUUCAAUUAGUUGGUUACUUGGCUUCAUUCUAAUUUUCUCCACGAUACCAAUAUUUGUAUCUACAUCAAUAUCGUUGGUUAUUAUUGAUCUUGCAUUUCAUUGAGUUCUAUCUCAGUCAGUAUUCAUUGUUCAUUCAUCAAGUUUUGGCUAUUUUUUGAACUGCCAUUGACAUUGUAAAAUUUGUUGAUUUCUGUAACUCUUCAUUUUCAUAGUUUG